AUGAUUCAAUUCCUCGUUCUAGUGUGUGCAGCGUUUGCUACCGUCCUAGGAAAUGAUGAUAGCAUAGUACCUUCGGGAGUGUUCCCCCGACCCCAUUAUGGAACGGUUCAAAGCUCCGAAAAAGAAGACAGUAACCAUCGAAUUGUGGGUGGCUUUGAGAUUGACAUAGCCGAUGCUCCCCAUCAGAUAUCGUUACAAUCUCGGGGCAGCCAUAUUUGCGGUGGUUCCAUCAUCUCUAGCAAAUGGGUCCUUACUGCAGCGCAUUGCACCGACGGAGCUUCGGCGUCCAAUUUGCGCGUACGAGUGGGGUCGACGAAACACGCUUCUGGUGGAACAGUGAUAGCUAUCAGCCGAAUAGUUCAGCACGCGAAUUACACCUCCAGGACAAUCGAUUACGAUUUCAGUCUGCUCCAGCUGAAGAAGGCAAUUAAAUUGGGUAACGCUUCGCGAGUGAUUAAGCUGCCUGAACAAAACGAAUCCGUUGCGGAUGGCACUUUAUGCGAAGUUACCGGAUGGGGAAACACUCAGAGUAUAAACGAAUCACGGCACAGUCUUCGAGCAGCCUAUGUACCAUCGUUUAACCAGCAGGACUGUAAUAGGGCUUACGGCUUAUAUGGUGGCGUGACGGAUCGUAUGCUGUGCGCUGGCUUCCGCGAGGGUGGUAAGGAUGCUUGCCAAGGAGACUCCGGUGGUCCGCUCGUCGCGAAUGGAAAGCUCGUGGGAGUUGUUUCGUGGGGACUUGGUUGUGCUCAGCCCAAUUACCCCGGGGUAUACUCCCGAGUGGCCGCUGCACGUGAGUGGAUACGCAGCAACAGUGGAGUUUGA